AUGGCCGCUCCGCAGAAUGCCCCCAUCCCCGAAGCUGGGAAGAAGGUCAUGAGCACUGUCACUAUGGCCCCUUCUCUGGGGUUCGUGCCCAUUGCUGUCCAUUUUGACCUCUUCGGCUGCCUGCAAGACAUCGGUAAACCAGCCACCGCGCAGGAUGUCUGCAGUUUUCAUUACACUAAAUACGGUGAUACCGACCUGUAUGAUACCCUUUUCCUUAUGGGAGGGUUGGGGUUCUUGGACCUUCUUCCAGACGAUGUGUACCGGGCCAACGACGUCACCCGAUUCUUGGUGGAAACGCCCUCUGCCCAGCAUGGAGCCAUGCAUUUCAAGGUUCUCUCACUAUCCAGCACAUCUGAGGGACUUUUGGCAUCGGCAUUUCUCAUGCGGCGCCUGAUGGAUACCAAGUUUGAGUAUCCGUUCCAGGAGUGCGAAACUCCGUUCCAGUAUGCACACAAACUCAUGGGCAAUGACUUCCUGGCUCGGGAACAUGUGUAUUCAGUGAUGCAUCACACGGGCCGUCUCGAUAGCUUUAACACUUUCAUGACGGGCAAAUUUGGCCGCUGGGGCACCAUGCCCGAUCGCGUCCGCAAGCUCGGGUAUGAUCUGGAUGGCUUGCUUCAAUCCACGGCUCCCGAGAAACUCCAGGUAGUUGACAUCGGUGGUGGCCGGGGUGAGCUGCUCUUGGAGAUGCAAGCAGCAUACCCGCACCUACUAAAGAAGGAGAACCUCAUUUUGCAGGAGUAUAAUGCAGACAUUGGUGUGGUUCCCGAAGUCACAGAGAUGGCCUGGAAUUACAAAGAGGAUGGCAGCGAGCAGCCUGUCAAGGGAGCUUUGCUGUAUUCCAUGGCUCACGUCCUCCACAAUUUGUCGGAUAUUGAGUCCAUCAAGCUGUUGGCCAAGGUCGCUAGUGUCAUGGCCCCGUCUUCACGUCUGCUCAUUCAGGAGUUUACGAAGAAUGCAGCUAGUUCGACCACCCAUGCCGCGAUGAUCUUGAUGCAUGCUGGCCGAGAACGGACCCGCGCGGAGUGGAGGGAUCUUGCGGCCUUUGCAGGCUUGCAAAUAACUUUCGAGGCGUACCCACCAAAUGGAGAGUGUGUUGUCGAGCUGAGAAGAGUACUUAAUUGA